AUGACAGCAGCAGAAAUAAGAAGUGAGUUAAUGCAGCGAGUACAAGAAGGAGAAAUAGAAGAAGAAAGUAUACCAAAGGAAAGUUGGAAAUAUGCAAUGGCACUUCAGGCAAUUGAAGCAGCAGAACGUUCUUUAGAUGUAGGAGGGUUCUAG